CUUUCCGACGGUACCGGAAGGCAGCAUAAAACAGACAGCACUAACUGUUACGGUUUGACACUCUAGCUUUAGCCCACAUCCAAGCAACAGCGGCGGUGUCUUUCAAAGAAAUUUCUAAUCACAAUGUCAGCACUCCCUCCAGAAGGAUCUGGCGCAGCGCCAGGCAACAGGCGCCUGCAGCAGACCCAGGCCCAGGUGGAUGAGGUGGUGGAUAUUAUGCGCGUUAAUGUGGACAAAGUGCUGGAACGUGACCAGAAAUUGUCUGAGCUGGAUGACCGAGCAGAUGCACUGCAGGCUGGAGCCUCCCAGUUCGAAACCAGUGCUGCUAAGCUGAAAAGGAAGUACUGGUGGAAGAACUGCAAGAUGUGGGCCAUCCUGAUAGCUGUCAUUGUGAUCAUCAUCAUCAUCAUUGUCAUUUGGAGUUACUCGUAAAACAGAAACAAAACGUAAAGCAGGAGGAGUUGGGGAAACGAUGAAGAAGAGGAGAGGAGCAACGUGCACAAUGAAUGUCUCAGAGGAAGACGUCACAAGAUUUACUUGCUACUGAGCUCCACAACAUUUUUCCCCUACUGUAUGGGGGUCUUCAUUCCUUAUCCUGGUUUGCCCUGUGUGUGUGUGUGUAUGUGUGUGUUUUUGCACGUGUGCCAUAGUAAAGAAAUGUGAUAAUACCAGUUUCACCCAGCCUUACUACACUUAACUUGUUUUUUGUGCCAAACCACCUGCCAAAGAUUAAAGAACCAUACCUACAGAAACUGGUUCAAGGGGUUAGGGUUCAUCUAAGACGAAUAAAAAGUGUAAGUGCAUCACCUUUGACUGUAAAACACACCCACACACACAUACUCCAACAUCAGGACUAGAAAUGAACAAUUUUGUUGUAAACUCUCUUCAACUUACAUUUGCUUUUUUAUGUUUUAUUAAUAGCCAUUGAUUUUGUGUGCCACUUUAAAAGAAGUGCCUUUAAAGAUAUGCUGUUCUGUAGUUUAGAUCAUAGGUUCUCAAAGUUUAGUCUAUGGGCCAGUGGCAGCCCUCAGAAAUAUGACAUGACAUGCAAUCCAUUAUAGUUUUAUCAUCUGUCAAAUUAAAUACAUUGACUUUCAGUAGGCUACACUUAAAUACACUACUCAGGUUGAGGAGAAACAAACCUCAGAGGAUUCCAGUCCUAUACUGAAUGCAGGCCUCAAUCAUUUGCUGGCUCCCUGAACUGGCUCACUGUUGCCAAAACUCUGAGAACCCUUGGUCUAGAACAGUUACCCUGCAUAUCAUAAAGGGAUACCCCUUUCCAACGCAUACACAUUUGUAUUUUUCAGAGUGCCAAGUUUUUGUUGAUUUUCUUUCCUCAUUUUUAAAAAUAGUUUGCCGGUCUGUCAUUUUAAGAAUGGUUCAAGUUGACCAGGGAAUGAUGGGAUUUGAUGCCUUGUUUUAUUCAUGCACACAGUUGAUUGCUAAUUCAGUUCUCUGUGUAAGACAUUUGAUUUUGGAUUUAAAGAAGUUUUCAUUGAUUUGAAUUUCAUUGAUCGCCCAACAACAAAAAGCUAACCAGGAACACACUAUUGAACGACUGAUCAUACCUGUCCUUAUCCAUCUUUCUUUCAUGUAGGACUUAAAGUAUGAGUUUAGAUAAGUGUCUGAAUGCUAAGACCAACGGCCUCACAGCUGGAGUAACUGCCACAAAGUUUUACUAAAAAAGUGCUACACUGGGUUAAAAGUGGUGAAUUGUCUCAAUCACGUCUUAACGAUGUGCUGUAAAAUUUGCCUUGUGAAAUAUUCAAGUACAACAAAGUGAGAAAGUAAUAUUAGACGGAUGCCUUAAUGGUUUCUCCAAUGGAGAACAGCCAAAACACAGCCUUGCCUUGUUGAUCUUAUAUACCAGCUAGUAAAAGAGUUGCGCCUUCUCCAGCUGUCUAAACAUAUACUGUGCUGCUUGCUUAAUCAGCUGAGCUUAUUAACCUUUAAUGAAGUCCUCUGUUUCGACAUACUUUGCAUGUAUCCAAUCUGAUAGAUGGUAGUAAGAACAUAAGUGCUUCUGAAGUGUGAUAUUUUAGUUAUUUUCUAACUAACUCUUGCGAUCUCUUUUGUAGAAAUAACGUUUAGGAUAUGUAUAGUAUCUUCUGUCUAGGUGCUCACUGCUGAGUGUUUUAGUACAGAGAAAAAACUUUGUCAGGCAAUGACAGUGUGAUGUAUAUACCAUACCACCACUGGAUGAUUGUAUUCCUGGCUGUUGCUUUCAUCCUGUUAAAAUAAAUGUAUUUUAAAGAGACGAACAAUUUGGGAUUACUUUCUGUAUUAUUUCCCUCUGUCUGGAUUUUUAUUACCACAAGUAGUGGUAAUAGUGUAGUGUUGAUAUUUCUCAGUAGUUUUAGAGUUAAUUGGCUAAACAUGAUACGUUGGUAAUUGAAAUGAAACUUAACACAAAUAAGUGCUGUAUACAUUUUGUGGUAUGUAUCCAUUAAAGAAAUUGUGUAAUCAUUUUCAGAGGCCUCUAUUAAAACUUUUUACUGGCCUGGCUUUUAACAAAGAGGCGUGGAACGGACACCAUCCUCCCAUCUACUCCUCAAAUUUGAGACCCAGUAUUGUCUGUGAAGUUCUCGUGUCUCCCUACUGGAAAUCUACUCUUUGGCCUUGAAUGACUUUUGCUUGAAUAAAACUGAUGUAACUCAAAUAAAAAAAAAAUAAAAAACA